AUGUCCUCGUUCACACCCUCCGGGGUCGCUGUGUCGACUGUUAACCCAUCGACCGAAGUGCUGAUAGGCCAGAACGUAAAGUCCAAAAUCCAGGACCUUUUCCAACGGCUUCGGAAUUACCCCUUCCUCUCAAAGGACCAACUUCGCGAGAGCUCCAAACUCAUGUACGAUGUCCAGGUGGUAGAGGGCAUCGUGAAAAUCUUGAACGACUUUUCCCCUCCCGAUGAAAUCCACAUGUUUUGUCGUCUGUUUUACGAUUCCUACCUGUCGGGAGAUAAGAAGGUGAAGCUGUUGGUCACCCUUCUGCUUCCGAGCAUGCUUAAUACCUACCUAGUUAAGGCCUCAUCACUGGAAACUGAGCCAAAGCACCAGCUGCAACAGCAGCAACAGCAGGCCAAUCAAUCACGGCGCAGCUCGCAACCAUUUCCUCCUACAGAGCAACAGAAGUCUGCCAGUGCGUUGGAAUCGCUCUCUUUUCUUCUCUCCCAGCUGUGUGAACUCGCUCCUGCCUUCAUUCGUUACCCUGAACAUGUCGAAAUCAAAAGGACCACCUCAAAGUUGCCCGAUUUGCGAGUUCCGUCGAUUUUCCAUGCUCCUCCACAACCACCUCCCACACAAUAUGUGAGCUCUAAGUCUCAGGUUCCCAAGGCCUCCUCUGCGACCAGUCUCAACCCCUCCACCCUUACCUACAACCACAGUGGCCCCUCCCUGUCCACCCAUGUACCCUCCGGUUCUACUGAUCCUGAUCCCGCUUGUGUUGUCCGAAUAUACACCGACACACUGAUGCGCCAGUUCGUUGGAGGGACUGUGGAGCAACAAGGCAUCGUGCUGACCUCCAUCGAUACCUUCUGCGCACUUGUGCAACGCGUGACUGCUCUCAACAACCGUCGGGUCUACGUCAAAGUUGGCAGCCUCCUAGUGGACCUAGCUACAGCCAUCGAUCGGAUUUUGUUUAUACUCUCAUUUGAUCACGACCUCCUUUGGUCCGGCAACGCGGAACUUCGUCUCAGCACUGAGGAGUUGCGCAAGAAGGUGUUCGACCUGCUCCCCCUACUUGAUCGAUUUGCGAGCUACCACUGCUGCGCGUCUGUGAUCCUCAUCACCUCGGCAAUUCAGAACGCCUGGGCGACGCGUCUUCAGCGACCCCAGAUGAACCCAAUCGGCAUUCACCGAAGAUUUCGGCUGGUCUCCGAUGAUCCAGCGGAUCUGUCGGAGGUGGUCGGAGAGUCGACCACCUCGUCGGACACCGAAGCGCAUGCGUUUCACCACCGUCCCUCUGUGUUCACCAACGCCAACUUCCGCGCCGAACCAGUCUCCGAGGAUAUUCCCAUCAGUGGGGCGGUUCAAGAGCCGGUACAAAAGGUAGCCAAGAAACGCCUGCAUUUGUCGGAGGUGCUGUCAAGGAGCUCGGACAACUUGUACGGCUCCGAGUCGUCGAUGGCGCUCGGUGCAGGGACGGAAACUCUAGGCAGGCGGACCCUUCACCAUCAUCGAUUUAUGCACAGGCUUCGACACGAAAAGCAUUAA